CUGACUGUAGCAGGCUGCAUUGUGCAAGCUGGAGAGCAGUGAUGGCAGGGAAACUGAAAUGGGUGACUGAUAUUGAAAAAUCGGUGCUUAUUAAUAAUUUUGAAAAGCGAGGAUGGGUGCAAGUAUCUGAUAGUGACGACUGGAACUUCUACUGGAUGAGCGUACAAACUAUUCGGAAUUGUUUCAGUGUGGAGACCGGAUUUCGUCUCUCAGAUGAUCAGCUUGUUAACCAUUUUCCUAAUCAUUACGAGCUGACGCGAAAAGAUUUAAUGGUAAAGAAUAUAAAGCGAUACAGGAAGGAGCUGGAGAAAGAAGGCAGUCCUUUAGCUGAAAAGGAUGAAAAUGGGAAAUAUCUCUAUUUAGAUUUUGUUCCCGUCACCUUCAUGCUGCCUGCUGACUAUAACCUGUUUGUGGAAGAAUUUAGGAAGAAUCCUUCGAGCACUUGGAUCAUGAAACCAUGUGGCAAAGCUCAGGGAAAAGGGAUAUUUCUUAUAAAUAAAUUAUCACAGAUUAAAAAAUGGUCCAGAGACAGCAAAACGUCAUCGUUUGUUUCACAAUCCUCCAAGGAAGCCUAUGUCAUCUCCUUAUAUAUCGAUAAUCCUUUACUUAUUGGGGGCAAGAAGUUUGACCUGCGCUUGUAUGUGCUUGUGACGACCUAUCGGCCCCUGAAAUGUUACAUGUACAAGCUGGGAUUUUGCAGGUUUUGCACCGUGAAAUACACCCCCAAUACGAGUGAGCUGGACAACAUGUUCGUGCAUCUUACAAACGUCGCCAUUCAGAAACAUGGCGAUGAUUACAACCACAUUCAUGGGGGGAAAUGGACCGUGAGUAAUUUGCGUUUGUACCUGGAGAGCACAAGAGGGAGAGAGGUGACGGAUAAACUAUUUGAUGAAAUUCAUUGGAUCGUCGUUCAGUCGCUGAAGGCUGUGGCUCCUGUAAUGAACAAUGACAAGCACUGCUUCGAAUGUUACGGCUAUGACAUAAUCAUAGAUGACAAGCUGAAACCCUGGCUCAUCGAGGUUAAUGCAUCUCCAUCUCUAACGUCGAGUACUGCUAAUGAUCGAAUUCUGAAAUACAACCUCAUCAACGACACCUUGAACAUCGUGGUACCGAAUGGAGAAAUCCCGGACAGUAAGUGGAACAAAGUUCCCCCAAAGGAAGCUCUUGGAAGCUAUGAAAUCUUAUACGAUGAAGAAGCUGCACAGGCUGAUGUAUCUGAUCGAGACAUGAGAAAUCGUAGUGGGCAAAAUAUUGGUCCAAAGGGGAGUCGAGUCCGAGAAAGUGGAAGAUCGGCACCAACAACAUGGAAGUAAUCCAGAAUAACUCGCCAAAGAUGAAUCUGUUAUGGCGUUCGUGGAGAUAAAUGCAAACCGAGUCUCAGUCAUCAAAUGCCAUUGAUGUACACAACCUGCACGCUCCCCAACAGUCUGAAAACUCUCUGUUAGCACCCUGACUGUACUAAGAACAAGAAUGUGGGAUCCUUCUCUGUAUUGUCACAUAGGAUUGAGUUUUAUAAUGGAAACCCUGAACUGUAGUGAAAGGAACACCUCAAACUCCUAAAGGGGUAAACACAGUGCCUCCACAUUGUCGGUUUAUAAACAUGCUGAUUUCAGCUGUCGGAUAGCUGAGCGCAUGCUUUUCCUGAUCGCCUUGUACCCUUAUUUGAUUUACAUUAGGUGUGCCCAAAAGGUAGA